GUACAUUUAUUUCCUCAAAUGAGAUUUAUUUUGAUAUUCUGGAUACAAUGAGAUGCCUGCGGAAGAGAUCAGCCGUGUCAUUUUUAGGAGUUCUUGUUGUUUGCCUGCUCUUCAUGAACUUGUACAUUGAAGAUGGAUAUGUCCUGGAAGGAGACAAACAACUCCUCAGAGAAACAGCCACCCAUCAAUUGAACUCAGAACGCUAUGUUCAUACUUUUAAAGAUUUGUCCAAUUUCUCGGGAUCAAUAAAUGUGUCCUAUCGUUAUUUGGCUGGCACACCUUUACCAAGAAAGAGAUUUCUUACAAUUGGACUCUCUUCAGUGAAAAGAAAGAAAGGAAAUUAUUUGUUGGAGACGAUCAAGUCAAUAUUUGAGCAGUCCAGUUACGAAGAACUGAAGGAAAUUUCGGUAGUUGUGCAUUUGGCAGAUUUUGACUCUUUCUGGUGUGAAGGCAUGGUGCAGGAUAUUUCCCAGAAAUUCGCCCAUCAUAUCAUUGCUGGCCGUUUAAUGGUGAUCCACGCUCCUGAGGAAUAUUACCCAAUCCUGGAUGGCCUUAAAAGAAAUUACAACGAUCCAGAAGACAGGGUCCGGUUCCGUUCUAAGCAAAAUGUAGAUUAUGCUUUCCUGCUCAAUUUUUGUGCCAACAUUUCCGAUUAUUACGUCAUGCUGGAAGAUGAUGUCCGAUGCUCGAAAAAUUUCUUGACUGCUAUUAAGAAAGUGAUUGCCUCACGAGAAGGAUCUUACUGGGUAACCCUGGAAUUUUCCAAGCUUGGCUACAUUGGAAAAUUAUACCAUUCCCAUGAUCUCCCACGCUUGGCACAUUUUUUGCUGAUGUUUUACCAGGAAAUGCCUUGCGAUUGGCUGCUGAUUCAUUUCCGUGGUUUAUUAGCCCAAAAAGAUGUCAUACGCUUUAGGCCAUCUCUAUUUCAACACAUGGGAUAUUACUCAUCUUAUAAAGGAGCAGAGAACAAGCUAAAGGAUGAUGACUUUGAAGAAGAUUCUUUUGAUAUCCCCGAUAACCCACCGGCAAGUUUAUACACCAGCAUGAAUGUAUUUGAAAAUUAUGAGGCAAGCAAGGCUUACAGCAGCAUUGAUGAAUAUUUUUGGGGUAAAGCACCUUCAACAGGAGAUUUUUUCAUGAUUGUGUUUGAAAAGCCCAUCAAGAUCACAAAAAUCAAAGUGAGCACUGGAACAGAAGAUCGCCAAAAUGAUAUCUUGCACAAGGGCGCCCUGGAUGUUGGAGAGCAGGUCGUUGGGACCAGGAAAGGAAAGCAGUGUACAACUUACUUAAGACUAGGGGAAUUCAGAGAUGGAAACUUUGAAGUUUCAGAAGUGGAGCACAAAGUUGUAUUUGAUAUUAAUUGCAUGAGAAUACUUGUUACCAAAACACAGAAGGAAUGGCUGAUCAUUCGAAGUAUUAGUAUUUGGACUUCUCAGCCACCAAAUCAAUAGUUUGAAACAACUAAAGUCAGUCCUCCUUCCUGAGAGGAAAUUAAUUAAACCAUCAGUUGGUUCCUCAACAGGUGUUUUUCCCUACGGGAUGACUUAAUUUUGCUUGACAUGGAAAUCUGGGGAAUUGUAAAACAACCAAAAGCAAUUUAUUUUUUACUAGUUCAACCAGGCAAUAUAUGAACACUAGAUGAUUGGUAUAUUUUGAAUUUUAUAGCAAAUACAGGUUUCCAUCCAUCCCCCUAGGAUCUCAAAUUAUCCUUUGUGGUUAUCUUUGACCUUUAGAGGCAAAAUGAUGUUUGAAAUGUAAAAGUAUGGUAAUACUUUAAAAAGUUGCAAAAAAUGGUUUAUGCUUUGGCCAAUGAACUGUUGAAAUAGUUUGACUUGGAAUUUCUGUGCAUUACUUAAAACAAAAUGAAAGUUCACUUUUAUAUCAUAGUGGAGGCUGCUUUCAUUUUUGACAGCUAUAAUAAUGUGAUUUUAUUAUCAGAUUUGACUGAAAUGGUAAAGAAAAUACUGUGGUUUAACAUGACUUGAAAAUUGAAAUAAGAAUACCCAUAUGUUCAUUAAUUUUCAUAGAGUGAUAUUUGAGAAAUAUGUACUAUUCCACUAUUUCACAUCUCUUCCUGAACAAAAGAUCUGUUAUCUUCACAAUCAAUCAGUGGAAGCACUGAACACUUACUGGGUGCAGAACACUGUACUAAGUGCUUGGUCAGCUGUGAUUUCUUCAUUAAAAACAUGAUCCAAUUAUCAGCUGGUUCACCUGUUGGAAUAAUUCAACUAUUGAGCCAACUAUCGAGUUGAUAUGAAAUUCUGCAGUAACUUAGAAACCUAACCAGAGCCAUUCAUAGGUGUGAGGUCUGAAAUACAGUUGAGCCGUAGCAUUAAAAAUGUUAACUUCUUAUGUAAAUAAAUCUAUUUUCAUUACA